UUGCUUUUGGCAUUUGUCUAUCAUUGUGGAGAGGUAAUUCUCCAAACAACGGCGCAUUUUCUGAGAGCUCGAAUCGCGAAUGGAUUCGCUAGAUGGUGGUAGCUACUGGGAUUUCAUCGAUUACAGCUUGAUCGACGAUACACCGGCGCCCACCGAUUUUCUUUGGUCCAAUCAGAGUCAGAGCGUGAGCUCUGAAAUUGACUUUUCAGGUGGUGCUAUUGUUCCUCAAGAGAACGCCCGGAAGAGAGGACGCCCCAAUUUAUGUAGCAAUCCAGGUACAAAAGCUUGUCGUGAGAAAAUGCGGAGGGAGAAACUGAAUGACAGAUUUUGUGACUUGAACUCUGUUUUGGAGCCUGGGAGACCUGUGAGGACUGAUAAAUCAGCUAUACUUGAUGACACCAUCAGAAUCUUGAAUCAACUAAAAAAUGAAGCUCAGGAACUCAAAGAAACAAAUGAGAAGUUGCUAGAGGAAAUAAAAUUGUUGAAGGCAGAGAAAAAUGAACUUCGUGAAGAAAAACUUGUUCUGAAAGCUGAUAAAGAAAGGGUUGAAACGCAGUUAAAAGCACUGCCCGUUUCACCUGCAGGAUUUAUUCCUCCACAUGCUGCUGCUUAUCAAACCGGGGUCAACAAAAUGGCUGUUUUCCCAAGCUAUGGUUAUUACCCAAUGUGGCAAUAUCUGCCUGUUUCUGCUCGAGAUACAUCGCAGGAUCAUGAACUCAGGCCUCCAGCUGCUUAGUGACUGGUUGUUCAUAUAGCCCCUUCGAUAAUGUUAUGAAGGGCCAAAGAGGGAAGGGCAGGGGGCUUGCGCAUGUAAAUAUUUUGAUCUUUGAGUAGUUUUCUGGAAUUUUAACUUCAGCUAAACGUUACGCUGAAGUAGGCUAAUAUAUUGUUUGAACGCAGUAACAUGAACUGUUACAUUAUUUACAUUCCAAAUUACAAUAUAUUGAUCACAUAUUCUUCAUA